AUGGCAAAAAGCAAAAAGUCCAAGAGCAGCAGAACCUCUGACUCAACCAAGAAGAAACAGUCUAGCAGACCGACGCAUUUUUUGUGUUUCCCUCUUGCUCGCGAAAGUACUGUGCCGGUAUUCGCGAAGUCCAUGGCGUAUUUUCGGGAGGUAUCGACGGAACCUAAGCGUCUGCCGCCGAUCAGGGGAGGAAGGGAUGCUUCUGGGAUAACGACCAGUGAUGCUCAGGACAUGGCUACGCUUGAUCAUGACAAAGGUUCGUCGAGUCAGCCAGAAGAUCUUGUUAUAAAUCAAAACGAUCCGCUUGGGAAUACUCAGAAACCAGUUUCGGAGUCUUCAUUCAUCGACAGUCUAAAGGUGUUGCCUGAUAUUGUGCAUCGUGGAGCUGGGACGUUGCAUCUGACGCUCGGUGUGAUGGACUUAUCGAAGGAGACGGAGAUGCAGAAGGCGACGGACCUUUUGCGUAGUCUAGAUCUGGAAAAAAUGCUGAGGGAUGCAAGCGAAGGUCCGCCUGCUGGUAUGAAGUCGCAGAGGAGAUGGAAGGAUAAGAGGGAAGAAAGCGACAAUAUCACAUCCGCUUGUUCUGACAGUAACGUAAUUGGUCGGAAAGAAACGGGUGUGGUGGAAGAUGAGCUCUCUGUUCAGGUUGAGCAAAAGUCCGACUCAGUCCCCAAGAACACUUUGGGCAAGGGACAGACACCUAUAAGCUCGAAGGACGAAAACAGAGAUACUGAUGUCAAGUCUCUGAAGAGAACCGUGUCGCCGCCCACUCUCGCGCGACAACCAAGCACGACACCACCAAGUCCCAAGCCACUAUACCUCUCCCUCACCGGAAUCAAAGCAUUCCCAUCAACGAAGAAAGCGCGCGUAAUCUGGGCACGACCCCGAGCACAACUGUCCACUCCACCCCAAUCAGAGCUCAAUGACCAACCACAAAGACCGACUUUUGACGAGAAGGAAGGUGACCGCCUGUACAACUUCGCGCUGCACCUCCAUCAGGCAUUCAAAGAUGCCGGCCUCGUCAACGAGACUAGACAACCUGUACUACAUGCGACGCUGGCGAACAUGAGGUAUAAAGUCCAGGCAAAGGGUGGCAGGGAGACGAAAGGUAAAGCUUGGAAGUAUGGGAAGAAGAGGUGGGAGGAGGGUUUGGUGGAUAUUCGACCGUUGGCGGAGGUCUUCAAUCGGUUUGAUGGAGAUGUUGCGGCUGCACAGGAGGGGAUAAGAUUGAGAGAUGCACAUGCAGCAGAUGUGGGGAAUUCUGAAAGUGAAGACGACGAAGGAGAAGAUGAAGAAGUGAAGAACGAUACAGAAGCUCGGGAUGACCGGGAACGAGAAGAUCCUAGUAAAGAAUAUAUUUGGUGCAAAGACGUUAAGGUCGAUCGAAUAGCGAUCUGUAAGAUGGGCGCUACGAGAUCCGAAGAUCCAAUGUGGAAGGAGUGGUACCCACCAGUAGUAGAGCGGGUAAUGUUUGAUGAGGAAAAAGGUGGUUGA